AAAUCCCUCUCUUCCUGUCUGCCUUCUAUCGUCUGUAGAAUCCGUGACUCACUGUUUCUCUCUCUAUAUGUCAAACCGCCGCCGAAUGAGUUCACCGUGCUCUGGUCUUGACUCGUCACUGAGUUCACUCGAUGGUUCAUUUGGCCUCACUGAAACUGAGAAUUGACCAACUAGCCACGAUUUUGAAAAUCCAUACCAUUUUUUUCACAAAUUUUGUCUUUGUUGUUGAGUGCUGUGAAGGUUUCAGUAGAUUUUGGUGAGUAGCUUGAGAGCUUAACUGAUGGAUAACAGUAACUAGGUUUUGUAUGAGCACAGAAAUUAUAUGAAGACUUGAAAGUUUGAGGUUUUUAUGUUCUUGAAAGAAAUACGAUGACAGCUCCUGCAGAAGAUAGCAUAUCAUCCUCUGUUAAUCAGAUUCAAAUGAUUCCAUUACCAGAAUCACAAGAACAACAGCAACAACUCAAGAAAAAGCGUAACCUUCCAGGAAUGCCAGAUCCAGAUUCGAUUGUGAUUGCUUUAUCGCCAAAAACUUUACUUGCCACGAACCGAUUCCUGUGUGAGAUCUGCAACAAAGGGUUUCAGCGCGACCAGAACCUGCAGCUCCACCGACGAGGUCACAAUUUGCCAUGGAAGCUCAAGCAGCGAACAAUAAAAGAAAACCGCAAGAAAGUCUAUGUGUGCCCCGAACCCACGUGCGUGCACCACGACCCAGCUAGAGCUCUCGGUGAUCUCACAGGUAUCAAGAAGCAUUACAGUCGAAAACAUGGAGAGAAGAAAUACAAAUGUGAAAAGUGUUCGAAGAAAUAUGCUGUACAGUCUGAUUGGAAAGCUCAUAUGAAGACUUGUGGAACCAGAGAGUAUAAAUGCGAUUGCGGCACAGUCUUUUCUAGGAGGGAUAGUUUCAUAACGCACAGAGCAUUCUGUGAUGCUUUGGCCGAGGAAUGUGCGAAGAUUAAACCCACUGUGGUUGCAAGUGAAGAAGAGGAAGAGAAUCAUAAUGCGAAGACCCUUGUUGCUUCUCCACCUCCUCCUCCUCACACUCCGUCAACCAGCGUGGUUUCUCCAGGUCUGUCAAUUCAGAGUUCAGAAAUGCCUGAAAAUCCGAUCAGCCUUUCUCCGCCAAGACCUGUGGCUACAACUCCUAGCUCUAGCUCCAGUCAUUCCACUAGUGUUUUUGCGAGUGUAUUUUCAUCGUCACUAGUCUCACAAACGUCCCAAGCACCAUCUUCGUCAUUCUCCAAUCAAAUAUCUUCCUUGCCCCACUCUGAUUGCCCAUCAGCCUCCGGCGUGGAACCAACAUCUCUCUCACUCUCUCCAUCUCUUUAUCUCUCCAACAACAGCUGUUCCCUCUUCUCCAAACCUGAGCAUACCCACCUCCGCUAUGCUCAAUCUUCACAACCAGCAAUGUCAGCGACUGCAUUGCUUCAAAAAGCAGCUCAAAUGGGUGCAACAUCUUCAAACCAAUCCUUGCUUCGUGGUUUUGGUUUAUCAAUGUCACCGUCUUCCACAGGUAAAGAUGGCCAUGGUAGGCAAGAGAACAACUCUGCGGUAACUGGGCUUGGGCUAGGGCUGAGUUCGGGUUUGACCGAUGUUGUGAUGGAUCCUUCUUCUCUGUUUGGGAGCAAGCCUGCCACACUUGAUCUUCUGGGACUGGGCAUAGGCGCUGGUGGAGCUUCCACUAGUGGACUUUCUGCUCUUCUCAAUUCGUUCGGAGGUGGUGGGUUCAAUGUUGGAGCAGCUACCGCUUCUUAUGGAGGAGGAAGAGGGAGUUCACCAGGCGAACCAUGGGAGGGCGCAACUGAGAGAAUGCCCCAUAGGCCAGCAUUGCCCUAGGGCUUCACAUUCCCAGCUGAUGUUUUUGUUUUCUAAAUUCAACUGUGGUACAAUACAAUACAAACAGGCAGGAGUACGCGAAGGAAUCAAGGGCCAUAGUGUUAAGAUUAGUUUUUUGCUUCUCAUUUGUAAUUGCGGUGAUACUCUCUUCUUUUUGAAGUUUUAGUUUUGUUCGGUGACAUAUAUGUAAUGGAGAAAGAGGUGUACGGGCGUACAGCAACUUUCGGAAGUCGCCAAUUAGCAAAUUCUAGCACAGAAUAUGAUGCUUGUUUGGUGGCUAGAUCAGGUGCUUUUAAAUUAUUUGCUCGAAUUGAAUACUUCGGGUUGAUGGGUCUGGGAAUGGUAGUGGUUUUCCGGGAAUCUCAUGUGAAAUUGAGGGUACAAUCACUUGUUUCAGAAGUGCUGUAUACUAGUAAAUAUGCCAAAUUAUGAUAAGAAACAAUGGUUGUGAUUA